AUGACUGACCCAGCGGAGACUGCAGCCGUUCGUUCUGCUAUUCAGACCCAAGGAAAGAGACUUUCGAACCAUGAGAAGAUGCUCACUGAAUUAGCAGGGGGAAUUCAAGAUCUUCAUGCCCGUCAUGAUUCAUUCCAGGCCAGUGUUUUGCAGCAGCUCCAAGCCUUGACCGUUCAGAAUCAACAACUCUUGGCUCAGGUGGGGGCUAGUGCUUCAGCCACCAUUUCUAACUCGUCUGAGGCAGCUCUUGAACCAGCUCCAGAGCCCACCGCCCCUGCACUGGAUCCAAGGUUUGAACCACGGGCUCCUUCCAUAGAGAAGUACGACGGCAGCCCUGGGACCUGUAGGUCAUUUUUGACGCUCUGCUCUUUGACGUUUGAUCUCCAGCCCACGUCAUUUGCCUCUCAGCGUUCCCGUGUGGCCUUCAUUAUCACAAAUCUAACUGGAAGAGCACGUGAGUGGGCCACAGCUGAGUGGGAGAAACAAUCCGAGGUGUUCCUCCAGGUGCUCCUGCUGCUGGUCAGCAGCUCCGAGGCCUACAAACCUGUCAUCAUUGUGCACGGACUGUUCGGUGGACCAGGCGACUACAUAACUCUCACUGACUUCAUCCAGGAGGUGGAAAGCUUAAGCUCUCUUCUGGAAGCCAAGCUGAACCAGUCCGAAGAGGGUGCCCAUCUGAUCUGCUACUCUCAAGGAGGUGUGAUCUGCAGAGCGCUGCUGUCUGUGAUCCCAAACCACAACAUUCACACGUUCAUCGCCUUGUCCUCUCCUCUGGCCGGACAGUUCGGAGUCACAAAACACCUCAGACGGUUUUUCCCCUACACAGUUUGUGAAGACUUUUACAGAAUCUGCUACAAGAGCUGGUUCCAGCGGUUGUCCGUCUGUCAGUACUGGAACGAUCCUCAUUACAGAGACCUUUACCUUGAGAAAAACAACUUUCUGCCUCUGAUCAACGGAGAGACCCAGCACAAGGAUCUACCAGAGUGGAAGAAGAACUUCCUGCAGAUAAAGAAGAUGGUUCUGAUUGGAGGUCCAGACGACGGGGUCAUUACUCCGUGGCAGUCCAGUCUCUUUGGAUUUUGGAACGAGAAGCGAGAAGUGGUGGAGAUGAAGAAUCAAGAGUUUUACACCUCUGACGCCUUUGGCCUGAAGACGCUGGACUCUCGUGGAGACAUCUCAGUCUGUGUUCAGUCUGGAGUCCCUCAUGCCCACUGGCACAUUAACAUCACCGUCUUCAACAACUGCAUUAAGGAUUGGCUCAUCUGA